UAGCUUCUGUGGUGGAGGGGUGAGACAGCAUGUGAGGACCGCUUGGAUUCCUUUUACUUUGGCUAUUUUGUCAUUCUGAUUUUAAAAUAGGACAUAAAGAAUUUGUAUUUUAAUGUAUUUAAGACUGCACAAAGAGGGACCACUUGAAAUGGUCUGUUGUUUCUAGUGAAAAUUGCCUUUUUAUUGGACGCAGUGGAAGAUAGACAAACUAUAGGAUAACAUAAUGGCUCAAGUGGACUCUGAGUUUGGUGUGAAGGGCAGCAGCAUCAUCAGGGAAUGGAGUGGACAAGUCCAGCCAGCUCUGGUGGCCACUUUUGUCUUCCUCUUCUGUCUGGAAACCUGCCUGUGGGUCAGGAACCUCAGGCUCAAAAGAAGACUGCCGGGACCCUUCGCCUGGCCGUUGGUGGGCAACGUCAUGCAGCUGGGCCAGAUGCCUCACAUCACUUUCGCCAAGCUAGCCAAAAAAUAUGGCAAUGUGUACCAGAUACGGCUAGGCUGCAGCGAUAUUGUGGUGCUGAAUGGAGACAGGGUGAUACGUGAGGCUCUCAUACAGCGCAGCACAGAGUUUGCAGGCAGACCAAACUUUGUCUCUUUUCAGUCUGUCUCAGGGGGGAAAAGUAUGACUUUCACCAAUUACAGCAAACAGUGGAAGAUGCACAGGAAAAUUGCUCAAUCAACGAUCAGAGCAUUCUCAUCUGCCAACAGCCAGACCAAAAAAGCCUUUGAGCAGCAAAUUGUGGCUGAAGCCACAGAGCUAGUUGAGAUUUUCCUUAAACUCAGUGCUCAGGACCAGUAUUUCAACCCUGCUCAUGAGCUGACAGUAGCUGCAGCUAAUGUGAUUUGUGCCUUGUGCUUUGGAAAGCGCUAUGGACAUGAUGAUGUUGAGUUUAGAGCCUUAUUACAGAGGACAGCUAAGUUUGGAGAGACAGUGGGGGCUGGCAGCUUGGUAGAUGUGAUGCCAUGGCUGCAGUCUUUCCCUAACCCGGUCCGCAGCAUGUUCAAGGACUUCAAAAACCUGAAUAAAGAGUUUUUUGGGUUUGUUCAGAACAAGGUGGAGGAGCACAGAGAGACAUAUGAUCCAGAGGUAACACGAGAUAUGAGCGAUGCCAUUAUUAGCGUGAUUGACAAAGCUGGCAGUGACAACGGCCUCACCAAAAGCCACACAGAGGGUACGGUGACAGAUCUGAUCGGUGCAGGUCUGGACACCAUCUCUACUGCUCUUCACUGGAUUCUCCUUCUGCUGGCUAAACACCCUGAAAUACAAACCAAGCUGCAGGUGCUCAUUGACAAAGUCGUGGGACGAAACAGGCUGCCAUCUAUCGAGGACAGAAGCAGCCUGGCCUACCUGGACGCCUUCAUCUAUGAGACCAUGCGCUUCACCAGCUUCGUCCCCUUCACCAUCCCCCACUCCACAACCUCAGACGUCACCAUCGAAGGCCUCCACAUCCCCAAAGACACGGUGGUCUUCAUCAAUCAGUGGUCCAUCAAUCACGACCCCCUGACGUGGAAGGAUCCACACAUCUUUGACCCCUUGCGCUUCCUGGACCAAAAUGGCUCCCUUGACAGGGAUCUCACCAACAAUGUUAUGAUCUUCUCAGCGGGGAAGAGAAGAUGUAUCGGGAACCAGAUUGCCAAGGUUGAGUUAUUUUUGUUCUUUGCAAUUCUUCUCCACCAGUGUCGCUUUGAGAAAUGUGCCGAUGAGGACCUGUCUUUAAACUGCUCCUAUGGUUUAACACUGAAGCCUUUAGAUUACAAGAUCACUGUCAAACUCCGGGGAGAAUUACUUGUAGGCCAAUAAGACUCUGAAACUGGUUCUCCAAGUAAAAAAGCAGCAAUGCAAUGAAAGGUAUGUGUCCUAAAAGAAAUAUCUAUACCUUGUAUCACAGAGGAUUUUUAUGUAAUAAGCUUUAAUUAACCAAAAACAUGCUUUUUAACUUCUGCUGACAUUUAAAAUUGUGAUCAAAGACAAUAAUGUUAUUUCAUUCUGUUACUGUAUUCAAAGUAAGCUCCCUGUAAAUGACACUAAAAACGAAUGUGAGUCAUAUCUGGACUUGACAGCAAUCACACUCCUCAACUCUGAAAAACUGUGACAGACUGAGAAAACCUAAAUAUAUCUGUAGUGGCUCUGCCGCAUCAUGUAAGAAACAGAAAAAAUGUAAUGGAAGCCUUUGAUGUGUUUGCCCAAAGCCACAAUUCAUAAUAAACCUUAAGUAUGUAUUGUUAUUUAUAUGAGGGUAUUUAGCGGAGUCACCCUAAAUUGCAAUAUAAACCGGUGGUGAUGUAUAAAUUUCACUUUAAGCAUUUUGUUUUUCUCGCUGAUGGGGAGACAUCAUGUGCCAGCUGUGUGGUCUCAACUGAGCAGUUAUUCACCCAGACACUCAUUUAUCUUUGCAUUGAACUUUUUUAUGUCUGAGCUUAAUACAGCGUGCAAGUCAUCUACAUUUAUGUACUCCUAAAUCAUGCAUAAUGCUGUUGUAUUCUGAUGAUAACUUAUGUCAUAUGUAAUAUAUGUCUCAAAGCCACUAAUGUAAUCACUGGUUAUACUGUCUCCUUCCUUUACUACACAUAAUACAUCACUGUACGACAUGAUUUAUUAAGCAUACAGCGAUGUCUGAGUAAUAAGCUGUGUGGAAUAGCUAAAUAAUGUGUUGCAUAAUGACCCAGUGUGAUACAGCCUGUACCCUACUAUGCACAAUAAACAUUUUUUUUAUUGAUUUCUAA